AUGCUUUCAGUUAAAGUCAUUUUAGCUGUGUUAUUAACAAUUACCGUCAUUAAGUGUGGUGAAGUGGAUGAAAAAAAUAAGUCAGAAUUGCCUGUUAUAAGUGACCGGGAAAGCGAUGAAGGUAGUAAUGGAGCUGGUAGUACGCAACCCAUUCAUGAGUUUGAAAUUGUCGGGGGUAUUGUGUACGAUCCAGAUUCAGAUUCAGAUUUAGAACAUAUUGAACAUGAUUCAACAACCAACGAACUUGACAUAGAUGUUGUGCUGGGAAAGAUCGAACAACGACUUAAAAGACUUGAUCUACUAAACGAUAAUAAAGAUGACAACCAGACCUUAGAAUGGGUAAAAACUGAAUUGAAACGUGUUACCGAAAAAUUCAUAAUUGGACUAGAGGAAUUACAAAAUAAGAUUGCAGAAAAGGUCGAGUCUUCUGACACGGCCAAAAAAAUAAUCGAGGAUAGUAGGACAGCUGUUAACAAAAUCACUGAAAAUAUGUUAAAUGAGACCGACUAUACUGAUGUAGUCAACGGAACAGCCGAUUUGAAUCCUACAGUCACACAAGUACUUAAAGAGAUUAAAGAAGAACUCACUAGUCUCGAGUUUGUAGAUAAAGCCAAAAGUACAUUAAGUGAUGUUGCCGAACAUUUAAAAGCUGGACUUGGCCAUUUACAACAAAUUUAUCAAAUAAUAUCGGUCAAGACCGAGUCUCCUGAAGUGGCCGAAAAAAUAAACGAGGAAAGUAGUUUAGCUGGCACAUCCACCGGCACAAACUCCCAAAAUAUAUCAGAAGAAGUGGAUCCCCGAAGUGAUAAUCAAAAGACUAUUGGUCUUAUGGAAGGAUUCGUUCAAACUUACAAAGAUCUAUCUAAAACAGUUGAAGACGCCGCAUUGAAAAGUUACAUAAACCGAUUUACCAUACAUCACCUAGCAUUAUUGAAGAAUAAGUUAAUAUCCGAAAAGAUUGUAUUGAAAAAACAACUCGAAAGUGAUAAAGAAACUAUUGACAAAAUCCAUCAAGCAUCCGUUGAAGUUUCCAGCCAGAUUGUCGAACAGCCCGCCGAGACUAAUCGAAAAGUAGAUUAGUUAAAUAUUCCAAGUGUCAAAUUAAAAUAAAC